AUAUGAAUAAUACUGAAAUAAUAUUAAAUAAAGAUAAAUAAUUGUUAAAUAUUGACUUUAAAAGUGAAAUAAUAUAUAAUAAUGAACUAUAAUCUAACUCUAAUUUACGUAAAACUUACAAUAUGAGAAAAAGAAGAAAACCUUUAUAACUAUAAUAAUCUAGUAUUCAGCAAACUUUCAAUUAAGAAUAUGGUACAAAUACAGUAGAAUAUGACAUUAUAAUAGAAGAAUGUCAACAUGCCUUAAAUUUAGAAGAUAAAAUUUGGACUGAUAAAUCUUUUCCAGCUAGAAGAGAAUCAUUAUGUAAAGAAUUCAAUAAACUAUCAAAUAAUGUAUAAAACUCAUGGAGAUAAAUUACUUGGAAAAGACCUUCAGAAUUCUUGAAUUCUGAAAAUAUAAAACUUUUUGAUGUUAUAGAGCCUGAUGAUAUAAAAUAAGGAUUAUUAGGAGACUGUUAUUUAUUAUGUGCUUUAAGUGCUUUAGCUGAAUAAUAAGAAUUAGUUGAAAGACUUUUUCAUGUUAAAGUAAAAUCAGAUUAUGGUAUAUAUAGUAUAUGGUUAAAUAUUGAUGGAGAAUGGAAAAAUAUUAAUAUAGAUGAUUAAAUACCAUAUAAAGGAAGACAACCAGCUUUUAGUAGAGGAUAAGGAGAUGAAAUAUGGGUUUUAUUAUUAGAAAAGGCUUAUGCUAAAGCUUAUGGGAGUUACUAUGUUAUAGAAGGUGGAAACCCAGCAUAGGCAUUAAGGGAUUUAACAGGGGCACCUUAUGAAAAUGUAGAUAAUAUAUCACAUGAGGAAUUUUGGAAGUAUUUAGAAGAAAAUGAUAAUGAAAAAAAUGUAUUAACUUGCUAUACAAAGUAAACGGAAAAAAGAGAAGAAGAAAAUUAAUUAGGUCUACUUUCAGGACAUGCAUAUUCUAUAUUAGAUCAUAAAAAUGUAAUUGAUAGUAAUGGUGAAGAAGGAAAAAUUGUUAAAAUAAGAAAUCCUUGGGGGAAUUGGUAAUUGUAAAGUUAGAAAAGAUUAUUCUUAUAAUAGUAUUUCUUGUGA